AUGAAGCAAAGAUUAAGUGCAUUGGAUUUGCAGAUCAUAUCCAAGGAAUUGGAAGACAAGGUUGUUGGGUACCGUCUAAGAAACAUCUACAACAUUGCUGACUCAAAUAGACAGUUUUUGUUGAAGUUUGGCAAACCAGACUCUAAACUGAAUGUUGUGAUCGAUUGCGGUUUGAGGGUCCACAUCACUGAUUUUACCAGGCCCACUCCGCCUACACCAUCGUGGUUUGUUUCUAAAUUAAGACAGUAUUUGAAGGAGAAAAGACUUACUGGUGUGAGACAGGUUCCUAAUGAUAGAAUUAUCGUUUUCACUUUUGCAGAUGGAAGAUAUUACCUUGUACUAGAAUUUUUCAGCGCUGGAAAUGUGCUUCUUUUGGAUGCAGAUCAAAAGAUCAUCCUUUUGCAACGUGUUGUAGAUGAUUAUGAAAUGAAGGUGGGUCAGGUAUACAAUAUGUUUGACCCCAAGGAACUCGUUGAAGCGCCAAGACCUGUGGAGAAACGUGAGCAUUCGGAGGAUGAAUUAGUUGAGUGGAUUAACGAAGCAGAACUGAAGGCAAAGGCCAUGGCGGUUCCAGUCGAGGGACAAACUCGUAAGUCAAAAGCCACAGGAUCUAUUCCAUCGAUACAGAAACUUUUGUUUCUACAUGCACCACAUCUAUCUAGCGAUUUGAUCCAAAAUGUGCUAAAGUCAAAUGGGAUCAAUCCCUCCGAGUCGUGUUUGCAUUUCAAAUCAUCGGAUUCUUUGUCGGCUAUUGUAAAUAUGUUAAACCAACUAGAAUCUGAUGUGUCUGAACUUUUAUCCACCUCAGCCUCCUCAACUAGGAAAGGGUAUAUAUUGACCCAUAAGAACAAACUCUAUGAUCCUGCAAGAGAUGGCCCAGAAUUGGAAUAUACGUACUCCAACUUCCAUCCUUUCAAACCAUUUAUUGAAGACAGCUCUGAUGUAAAUGUGAUUGAAAUAGAAGGCUACUAUAACGAGGUCGUUGACAAGUUCUUCUCCACUAUUGAAUCCAAUAAAUAUGCCAACCGUCUUCAAAACCAGGACUACUUGGCCAAGAAAAAAAUCAACGAGGCCAAGGCCAAUAAUGAGAAAAUCAUCCAAUCCUUACUGGAUGCUCAGAAAGCUAAUGAAGAAAAGGGUAAUAUUCUAAUUGAAAAUGCCGAUUUGGUGGAAGAAGCAAUGAGCGCUGUUCGUAGUCUCUUAGAACAACAAAUGGAUUGGAAAAGUAUAGACAAAUUAAUCGCAAAUGAACAGAGGAACAAGAAUAAAAUCGCCCAGCUAAUAAAAUUGCCAAUGGAUCUAGCCAACAACAAAAUUUCUUUGAAUUUGCCGAAAGAGCCCGAGGAGAGCGAAGAAAAUAAUAAUACCAAUACUGCACCAAACUUAUCUUCUGAUGAGAGUGCCUCUGACGAAUCAGACUUAAGUGAAUCAGACCCUUCAGAUAUAUCGGAUAUUUCAGAUUCAUCUGAUGAUGAAGAAGAAGCCCCAAGAACCAAGAAGGUUUCCAAGAAACAUAACAAGAAAGUUCUUCAGAAGAAUUCAUAUCUGACGGUAAGCGUUGACUUAUCAUUAUCUGCAUUUGCCAAUGCUUCCAACUAUUUCAAUGCAAAGAAGGCAACAUCAGAGAAGCAGAAGAAGGUAGAAAAAAAUGCUGUCAAGGCAUUGAAGAGUAUUCAACAAAAGAUAGAAAAAGAUUUACAGAAGAAGGUUAAAGACUCUCAUGAUGUAUUAAAGGCUAUUCGUAAUCCGUACUUUUUUGAAAAGUACUAUUGGUUUAUUUCAAGUGAGGGUUUCGUUGUAGUUAUGGGUAAAAGUCCAAUUGAAACUGAUCAAAUAUACAGCAAAUAUGUUAAUGAUGAUGAUGUUUUGGUGACGAAUAGCUUUGAUAAUAAAGCUUGGAUUCUAAAUCCCGACAAAACGGAAGUUCCUCCUAAUACUUUAAUGCAAGCUGGCGUUUUCGUCAAUUCAGCAAGCGAGGCCUGGUCUAAAAAAAUCGCUUCCUCACCUUGGUGGUGCUUUGCCAAAAAUGUAACAAAGUUUGAUGACAUUGAUGGCGGUGUACUACCCGCAGGUUCGUUUAGAAUGAAAAAUCCAAAGGACAAAAACAUGUUACCACCUGCUCAAUUGGUAAUGGGUCUUGGUUUUAUAUGGAAGGUAAAGUCUGAAGAAGAUGAAGAAGAUGAAGAAAAGUCCGAAGACAAUGAGAGUUCUGCCGAUGAAGAAGAAAUUCCAUCAGAAUCAACACCUGAAGUCACAGAAACCGAUAAUAAUAGCGUUAACGAUCUCUCUGAGAAAGUUGAACAAUUAGGCUUUGACGUGAACAAUUUUGAUGAAAUUCCCACCAAAGAACAUCUUUCUCAAAGUCAAGAAGAAGUGCAAUAUUCAAACUCCUCUGAUGAACAGCCAGAUGAUACCAAGACAAUUGCUACUACAAUCGUUGAAAAUAUGAAUACCAAAGUUCGUGGUAAGAAAGGUAAGUUAAAGAAAAUCCAAAGAAAGUACCUAGAUCAAGACGAAGAAGAACGUCUAGCCAGAUUGGAGGCCCUUGGUACAUUAAAGGGUAUCGAGAAGGAGAGACAAAAGAAGACCGAAGAAUUAGAAAAGGCAGAAAAGAGAGAGUUCAAAAAACAGAUUCGUAAACGCCAAGAGGAAAGUCGCAUACACCAAUUUAACAAGUCAGAGAAAGUUAAAGUAAAUAUUGCACAUAUAUUGCAACAAUUGAAAGGGACAAUAAGCCAAGAGGACGAGGUUUCUGAUGUAAUUCCUGUUUAUGCACCAUGGUCCGCUUUGACGAAAUAUAAAUACAAGGCAAAGGUCCAACCCGGUACCGCGAAGAAGACUAAAUCAAUAAAUGAUGUCCUUCAUUAUUUCAUAACCAGAGAAGUGGACAGUGGUGAAUCAAGUAAAGAACUCGAUUGGCCAAGGGAGCAUGAAGCAAUAAAACUCAUCAAAGGACUAGAUAUUGUACCUAUCAUAUGUUCAGAUAAGCUAAAGGUUACUAUACCUGGUUCCAAUGACAAAUCAUCGUCGUCGGGUAAAGGAAAAAAGGCAUCGCAAUCCAACAAAGGUAAGAAGUCUAAGAAAUGA